AUGCAUUUCCAAUUGAGCUCAAUUCUUUCAGUGGCAACUGCCGCAGUCGCAGUUGCAAACCCAAUUGGGUCAGACUCAUCAGAUGCUGUUGCUCGUAGAGCUCACUCAAAGCAGCAAACAUCAACAAGACCAGUCGUCCAAUACUCUCCCAUGAACCCAUCCGUAGCUCCACCUGCUCCAGCAGCAAGAACCAAGACUUGCGUUGUGCCAAGCAAUGGCAAUGGAAAAGAUGACUCUCCAGCCAUUAUGAGUGCACUUCAUUCGUGCAACAACGGUGGCCAUGUAGUUUUCAGCAAGGGUGUUACAUACUCAAUUGGCACGGCCAUGGACUGGACUUUCCUUCAGCACAUUGAUCUUGACAUUCAGGGAGAACUUCUCUUCUCGAACGACACGACCUAUUGGCAGGCCAAUUCCUUCCCAUUCGUCUUCCAAAACGCUACCUCAUUCUUCAAACUCGGAGGAGAGGACGUUUUCAUCUACGGAGGUGGAACUCUUAACGGAAACGGUCAAGUCUGGUAUGACCUUUAUGCCGAGGACAUUUAUGCACUCAGACCAGUUCUCAUCGGAAUUGAUGGACUUAAAGACUCCAUCUUGACCGAUUUGGUUCUUCGUUACUCCCCACAAUACUACAACUUCAUUGCAAACUCGAGCAAUGUUGUGUACAACAACAUCAACAUCUCCGGUGGAAGCUCGAGCAAAAACCCUGCAAAGAACACCGAUGGAUGGGAUACUUACCGAUGUGACAACAUCGUUAUCCAGAACUCUGACAUCAACAACGGAGAUGAUUGUGUUUCUUUCAAGCCAAACAGUACCAACAUCUUAGUUCAAAAUCUUGCCUGCAACGGCUCCCACGGUAUCUCUGUUGGAUCCCUCGGUCAAUAUGCUGGAGAGUUCGACAUCGUCGAAAACGUAUACGUCUACAAUGCCACAUUGACCAACGCCAGCGACGGUGCACGUAUUAAGGCUUGGCCUAACACCGCAUCAGCUCUCAGUGGUGAUCUCCAAGGAGGCGGUGGUAGUGGCAGAGUCCAAAACAUUACCUACGACACAAUGCACGUCGACAACGUCGACUACGCUAUUGAGAUUGACCAAUGCUACGGUCAAAAGAACCUCACCCUCUGUCUCGAAUACCCAUCUGCUCUUACUAUCACCGACAUUGUCUUUAAGCACUUCACCGGUACCACCAGCAAGAAGUACAGCCCUGAGAUUGGUACAUUCGCCUGCUCCAGCUCUUCGGUUUGCAACAACAUUGUGGCAACCGACAUUAAUGUAACAAGUCCAAAGGGAACAGAUGAGGCUUACUGUCUCAAUGUUGACACAUCAGUUUUGGAUGUUACUUGCAACAACACUCCUAAGGGAUUUAACUAG